GGCUUUCGUUCUUUUCGGAGACUAGUUUUCCAAGAAAAUUUGGAGCAGCUGCUGGUUUCUACUUUCUCCUAUAAACACUGGAAUGGUACAACUCCUGUAGAACACAUAAACGGCGGCGUGCUCCAGCAGCCAAGCGAAACCACUGCAGCAGCAGUAAGAUUUGAUCGAAAAAUUGAAGUGAAACUCUCGCAGAGCUUAAAACAGCGAUUUAGGAUUUAUCAGAGACAAGAGAUGCUGUACAUAAUUGGACUAGGAUUAGGCAAUGAGAAGGACAUAACUCUACGAGGUUUAGAAGCAGUUCAGAAGUGUGACCAUGUUUACAUGGAAGCUUAUACUUCUCUUCUCUCCUUUGGCCUCUCUACUGGCGGUCUUUCUACUCUGGAAAAAUUGUACGGAAAACCUAUCAUAAUUGCUGACAGAGAAAUGGUAGAGGAAAAAGCUGAUGAUAUAUUAUUACCAGCUCUCACAUCUGACGUGGCUUUUCUCGUUGUUGGAGAUCCUUUUGGAGCUACAACACAUACUGAUCUUGUUGUUCGAGCCAAGACUUUAGGAAUCGAUGUCGAAGUAGUGCACAAUGCGUCGGUUAUGAAUGCUGUUGGUGUUUGUGGUUUGCAAUUGUAUCGAUAUGGAGAGACUGUUUCGAUUCCCUUUUUCACUGAUACGUGGAGACCUGAUAGCUUUUACGAGAGGAUUAAGAAAAAUCGCGAUCUUGGAUUGCAUACACUUUGUUUAUUGGAUAUAAAAGUGAAGGAACCUUCAUUGGAAUCCUUGUCCAGAGGAAAGAAAAAUUAUGAACCUCCAAGAUAUAUGACAAUAAAUACCGCAAUUGAGCAGCUUUUGGAGAUUGAGCAAAACCGCGGAGAAUCUGCAUAUGAUGAAGACACUAGCUGUGUUGGAUUUGCUCGGCUGGGAAGUGCAGAUCAGAUGAUAGUUGCUGGAACAAUGCGACAACUGCUUGCAGUUGAUUUUGGAACACCAUUACAUUGCCUUGUAAUUGUAGGUGAUACCCAUCCUCUAGAAGAUGAAAUGCUGGAUCUUUACAAACUUGAAAGGGAUAGCCUAGACAAAAAAGACAACCGAAGUGCUUGACAGUUUUGAAGAAAAACAUACAAAGCUAGCAACCUUUUUCUGGAUACAUGGGAUUCCGACAUCAAAUGCAUUUCUACAGGCCUCUACUGCUCUUUUAAGUUGCUAGAGAAGAGAUUUGUACUUUAGCUGACUAGAGCAGAUAUUUUGUGUGUACACUUGUUUUUCUUUAAAAAUAACUUCAAGUCAAAAUUUUGAAUGAGAGUGAACUGUAUAUUUGUAUAGUCAA